AUGUCAUCAGAGAAAGAGAGAAAAAAAUGUCCAUCAGAUGAACUUUUAAAAUUGGUUGAACUUUGGCUUAAAUGGGAUCAAUGUGAAAUAACCAGACAAGAAAUUGAGCAACUUCAAAAUGAAUCAAAAUGGGAUAAUCUAGACGCUCGUUUAUCUCAUCGAAUUCAAUUUGGUACAGCCGGUCUACGUGCAAAAAUGGGUAGUGGAUUUGCUUUAAUGAAUGAAUUAACUGUUAUUCAAGCUACCCAAGGUUUUAUUCGUCAUAUUCAAUCAACAUAUAAAGAUAAAAACGAUUCACUUUCGGUUGUUAUCGGUUUUGAUGCUCGUCAUCAAUCUCAAAAGUUCGCUCGUCUAACUGCAGCUUUGUUUGCUCAUGAAAACAUUCAUGUUUAUUUGUUUGAUUCAACAACAGUUCCAACACCAUUCAUUCCAUUUUCCAUUCAAAAAUUAAAAUGUAAAGCUGGUAUUGUUGUUACAGCGAGUCAUAAUCCAAAGGAUGAUAAUGGUUAUAAAGUUUAUUGGGAAAAUGGUGCACAAAUUAUUUCACCACUAGAUUCACAAAUUGCUCAUUCUAUUCAAGAAAAUUUAGAACCAUGGAAAGGAAAAGCAUGGAAUUUAGAUAUUCUUCAAGAGAAAAGUUCAAAUUUAAUUUCAGAUCCAAUUGAACAAAUUUGUGAUCUAUAUAUAAAAAAUUUAUCAAAUUUGUGUUAUUUUCCAGAAUUAAAUGCUAAAACAGAAUUAAAAUUUGUUUAUACACCUGUUCAUGGUGUUGGCCAACAGUUUGCAGAAAAAGCAUUUUCUGCAUUUAAAUUUCAACCAUUUAUUUCAGUUGACGAACAAAAAAAUCCAGAUCCUGAUUUUCCAACAGUUAAAUAUCCAAAUCCUGAAGAAGGAAAAGAAACACUUGAAUGUGCCAUUAAGACAGCUAAUAAAAACAAUGCUGAUUUUAUUCUUGCAACUGAUCCAGAUGCUGAUCGAUUUGCAUUAGCUGAAAGAGAUACACAAGCAACAACGCAAACUGGUUGGAGAAUCUUAUCAGGAAAUCAAUUAGGAACUUUACUUGGGUGGUGGCGUUGGUUUACUUGGCGUAAUAAAAAUCCUCAAGUUAAUGUUAAGGAUGUUUAUAUGCUUUAUUCAACUGUAUCAUCACAUAUACUUAAAUCAAUUGGUCAAAUUGAAGGCUUUAAUACAAUUGAUACAUUAACAGGUUUUAAAUGGCUUGGAAAUAAAUCACAUGAAUUAAUCAACAAUAAUAAACAUGUUCUUUUUGCUUUUGAAGAAGCCAUUGGAUUUAUGUGUGAUCCAAAUAAUGUAUUAGAUAAAGAUGGAAUAUCGGCAAUGGUUAUUGGAGCUGAAAUGUGUACUUAUUUAAAAUCAAUUGGAAGAACAUUAUAUGAACAAUUAAAUCAAAUAUCAUUACUUUAUGGUUAUCAUAUCAAUAACAAUUCCUAUAUUAUUUGUAAUAAAACAAAUAUUUUACUUAAAAUCUUUCAUCGUUUAAGACAUUAUGAUCAAAGAGAAGAUCAACAACAACAGGAAAUUAGUAAAACUGAUAAAAAUCAAUCGGAAAUUGUUGUUCAAUAUUCGAAUAAAAUAAAAUCUCAUGUAACACCAGAUGAAAAUGAACGUUUAUAUUCUAAAGAUGAAGAAUUUGUUUAUCCAAGAAGAUGUGGUCAAUAUAAUAUAAUUGGUAUUAGAGAUUUAACUGUUGGCAUUGAAGUGGAUUUUCGUGAUCAAGGAAAAGAUAAACAACCAACUCUUCCUUGUUCAUCAUCAACACAAAUGAUAACAUUUUAUUUCGAUAAUGAUUGUGAAAUAACAAUACGUACAAGUGGAACCGAACCGAAAAUAAAAUGGUAUUCAGAAAUAAGUAAGAAAAUUCAAAAUAAACAAACAUCUGACAUCAAUUCAAUGAUUGAUACUGAACUAUUUCGAAAUGAAACAAAACAUGAACUUGAUCAAUUAGUUGAAGCGGUUAUUCAAGAAUUUUUACAGCCAGAAAAAAAUGGUCUUAUUCAAAGAGAAACAUCAACUUAA